AUAUUAACUUUAAAUAUAACUCGAUUGUGUAAUCUGGUGACAUUUACGAACGCACCUUUAUAAUUGACAUGUUUGUGAUGAGGUGUGAAUCGUAGAAAGAAAUCUCCGUCUCGCAGAAAUGAUUUCACAAAAAUCUAUAGUUCCAUGAAGUUUUGUGAUGUUCUAUUUGUGCUGUCUCAGAACGAACAAACGUAAUACGAUAACAAUAGAAUAGGACCUCAAUAAGUAACAUAAAUGAAUAUAAAACCACCGCGCAGCUAAGUCGGUUCCGAUAGGAACUAAUGGAGUGAUCAACUUAUGAAAUAACGAUGCAAACCAACUCGAAAACUAAAGAAAUGUUUAUAGUCAGAGCUUUAGAAAAGAUUUUGGCUGAUAAGGACAUCAAAAGGUCCUACCACAGCCAACUGAAGAAGUCCUGCGAAGUCGCUUUAGAGGAAAUUAAGACAGAAUUAAAAAAUGGGGGUCAGCCGGAGUCAACUGAAUCUCCUACAUCUGGAACACUGCCUCUACCCAAAAAUGAUGCCUCCAACAUCAUUACAGCUGAGAAAUACUUUCUACCAUUUGAAUUGGCAUGCCAGAGCAAAGCAUCCAGGAUAGUGGUGACAGCUCUUGACUGCCUCCAGAAACUUAUAGCUUAUGGCCAUCUUACUGGAAACAUUCCCGACUCGACUACACCGAGAAAACUCUUGAUAGAUCGCAUAGUUGAAACUAUAUGCAGCUGUUUCACAGGACCACAAACAGAUGAAGGAGUUCAACUUCAAAUAAUUAAAGCACUACUUACGGUAAUCACAAGCCAACAUGUCGAAGUACACGAGGGCACAGUGCUCCUUGCUGUCAGAACAUGUUAUAAUAUUUAUCUUGCAAGCAAAAAUCUUAUCAAUCAAACAACCGCGAGAGCAACCUUGACGCAAAUGCUUAAUGUUAUAUUCACGAAAAUGGAAAACCAGGCCAUCGAAGCGGAGGCCAGUGGCAGCAAUAAUACCGUACCAGAGGUUCCACAUAAGGUACCUAAUGGUAAUGUGGUGUCGGAAGAGGCACCUAACAACGUGUCUGAAGAAGUGAAAGACGCGGAUCAAACGCCUGUUGAUCAAGUUGAUGAUGUUUUAGAAGCCAAAAUCAUUGCUAAACAAAUAGUUGACUCAGUUAUUGAUAAUGCCAUAAGUAUUGCAACUAAAAAAACAUCCGAAGAGGAGGCUCAAAACAGCCCUGACAAUAAUGAAAUUCCAUCUGAUUCUCAAGAUAGUGGAAGUGUGUCACAGGAGAGUAAUGGCCAAGUACCUACUGAAGCAGUGAUGACCAGAAUACCAUCUCAGGAAAGUGUGGAUGUGGCAUCAGAAAAUGACAAUUCAGUAACUGCGAAAUUCACCCAUGUAUUACAGAAAGACGCUUUCUUAGUAUUCAGAGCUCUCUGCAAGCUAUCAAUGAAACCUCUACCAGAAGGUACUCCAGACCCCAAGUCACAUGAGUUAAGAUCUAAAAUUCUGUCUCUGCAUCUUCUGCUAUCUAUCUUGCAAAACGCUGGUCCUGUUUUUAGAAACAAUGAGAUGUUUAUCACUGCUAUUAAACAGUAUCUUUGCGUGGCGCUUUCGAAGAAUGGCGUAAGCUCCGUACCUGAAGUAUUCGAACUCUCCUUAGCUAUUUUCUUAGCUCUUCUACAAAACUUUAAAGUGCACCUUAAGAAACAAAUCGAGGUCUUUUUCAAAGAAAUCUUCAUGAAUAUACUAGAAACAUCAAGCUCAUCUUUUGAGCAUAAAUGGAUGGUCAUCCAAGCUUUGACCAGAAUCUGCGGCGAUGCGCAAAGCGUCGUAGAUAUAUACGUCAACUACGACUGUGAUUUGUCUGCAGCUAAUCUGUUCCAGCGAUUAGUUAAUGAUGUUUCAAAGAUUGCACAGGGCAGACAAGCUUUGGAAUUGGGUGCUACACCAAACCAAGAGAAGUCUAUGCGUAUUCGCGGACUUGAAUGUCUAGUUUCCAUAUUAAAGUGUAUGGUAGAGUGGAGCAAAGAACUUUAUAUAAAUCCUAAUCUACAAACAACUUUGGGAGAACGAACUGCGAAAGAGGAUCCUGACCAUCACAGUAUGAAAUCUCAUGGAGGAUCAAGUCUGAGUUUAGUUUCCACAGGUUCGAGCAAUAUUGGUAACAGAGAAACAUUAGACUCACCUGAACAAUUUGAAGUACUAAAACAGCAAAAGGAAGUUUGGGAAACUGGCAUAGAUCUGUUUAACAGGAAACCAAAACGUGGAGUUUCCUUCUUACAAGAACAAGGCCUUCUGGGAACAUCGACAAAAGAAAUCGCUGAAUGGUUACUUACAGACGAAAGACUGGAUAAAACAUUCGUCGGUGAAUAUUUAGGUGAAAAUGAAGACCAUUCCAAGGAAGUUAUGUAUUCUUAUGUAGAUUCAAUGAACUUUUCAAAUAUGGACAUAGUGGCGGCGUUACGUUACUUCCUCGAGGGUUUCAGGCUACCUGGCGAAGCCCAAAAGAUCGACAGGUUAAUGGAAAAAUUUGCGUCCCGAUACUGUGAAUGCAAUCCUAAAAACACACUUUUUACAAGUGCAGAUACCGUUUACGUACUAGCAUUUUCGAUAAUUAUGCUCACAACAGAUUUACAUUCUCCGCAAGUAAAGAAUAAGAUGACAAAAGAACAAUACAUUAAGUUGAACAGUGGCAUAAGCGAUAAUAAUGACCUUCCGCGUGAAUAUUUAUCACAAAUCUACGACGAAAUAGCUGGUCACGAGAUUAAAAUGAAAAACACGUCGAAGCCAGGCAAACAUAUGAUUGCUAAUGAAAAGAAACGUAAACUGAUUUGGAACAUGGAAAUGGAUUUGAUAUCGACUGCUGCUAAGAAUUUGAUGGAGUCAGUGUCUCACGUUCAGACUCCGUUUACAACGGCUAAACACGUAGAACACGUGCGGCCAAUGUUCAAGAUGGCUUGGACUCCUUUCCUGGCAGCCUUCUCAGUGGGACUCCAGGACUGUGACGAUCCUGAAAUCGCUUCACUUUGCCUAGACGGUAUUAGGUGCGCUAUUCGCAUCGCCUGCAUUUUCCACAUGUCACUCGAAAGAGACGCCUAUGUACAAGCUCUUGCACGAUUCACUCUGCUUACAGCUAAUUCACCUAUCACAGAAAUGAAGGCAAAGAAUAUUGACACUAUAAAGACAUUGAUUACGGUCGCGCAUACGGACGGAAACUACUUAGGAACAAGUUGGUUGGAUGUCGUUAAAUGCAUUUCUCAGUUAGAAUUAGCGCAACUUAUAGGAACUGGAGUACGGCCGCAGUUCUUAUCGGGGUCAGGAAUUAAGCCUCAGCCCGAUUCCCUUAAGUUUAGCCUAAUGUCAUUGGAUCCUAGUGUCAAAGAACAUAUUGGCGAAACGAGCUCUCAGAGUGUCGUAGUCGCAGUUGAUAGAAUAUUUACGGGAUCCACCAGACUUGAUGGUGACGCCAUAGUUGACUUUGUCAAAGCUUUAUGUCAAGUAUCCUUAGACGAAUUAAGCCAUCCCACAAAUCCUCGAAUGUUUUCACUACAGAAGAUUGUUGAAAUAUCUUACUACAAUAUGGGUCGAAUUAGGCUGCAGUGGUCUCGAAUAUGGCAAGUACUUGGUGAUCACUUCAACAAAGUAGGAUGCAGCAGUAAUGAAGACAUCGCAUUCUUUGCUGUUGAUUCUUUAAGACAACUAUCAAUGAAGUUUAUUGAAAAGGGCGAGUUCGCCAAUUUCAAAUUUCAGAAAGAUUUCUUAAGACCAUUUGAACAUAUUAUGAAGAAGAACAGUUCUCCAACAAUCCGAGAUAUGGUUGUUCGGUGUAUUGCACAGAUGGUCAACUCGCAAGCACCAAACAUCAAGUCUGGUUGGAAAAACAUAUUCUCUGUAUUCCACUUGGCUGCAAGUGAUCAAGAUGAAGCCAUUGUCGAUUUAGCAUUCCAAACCACAGGCAAGAUUAUUAAUGAGUUAUAUGAAAGACAGUUUCCCGCGAUGAUCGACUCUUUCCAAGAUGCAGUUAAAUGUUUAUCUGAAUUCGCGUGCAAUGCUAAAUUCCCCGACACUUCGAUGGAAGCUAUAAGGCUCGUCAGGUCUUGCGCGACAGCAGUCGGAGCCUCGCCGCAGCUGUUCGCCGAACACGCCGGUCUGGAAGGAGAGCCGGGCGCUCCCGAGGUAGACAGAGUCUGGCUGAGGGGAUGGUUCCCCUUGCUGUUCUCCUUAUCAUGUGUCGUCAGCCGCUGCAAGCUUGACGUACGUACCAGAGGCCUUACGGUCCUGUUCGAGAUUAUUAAAACUCAUGGUGAAUCAUUCCGUCCACAUUGGUGGAGAGAUCUGUUUAAUAUACUGUUUAGGAUCUUCGAUAAUAUGAAGUUACCUGAACACCAGCUGGAGAAAAACGAGUGGAUGACUACAACAUGCAAUCACGCGUUGUACGCUAUUGUUGAUGUCUUCACGCAGUACUUUGACAUUCUCGGAUCCCUACUCUUAGAGCAACUGUACGCUCAACUACAUUGGUGCGUACAACAAGACAACGAGCAGCUCGCCAGGUCUGGCACUAACUGCUUGGAAAAUCUAGUCAUAUCGAACGGAACCAAGUUCAACGAAGACACGUGGAGCAAGACGUGCCAGAUUAUGUUGGAUAUAUUUAACAGCACGCUACCGACCACGUUAUUGACUUGGAAGCCCGACGAAAACGAAGAAAACGAAACGCCCCAAGUCAGACAUGGAAUACUGAAAAAACCCCAGGGUGGAGACGAAAUCAAAUCUUCUAAUCGGGUGUUCAAUAGUCUACUGAUCAAGUGCGUAGUGCAGUUGGAACUUAUCCAAACUAUUGACAAUAUUGUCUUCUACCCAGCUACGUCUAGGAAGGAGGACGCUGAGACCUUAGCCUUGGCGGCCGCAGAGUUGACCGGCGGCACCCCGGGCACAGAACAGGAAUGUCAGCGUGAAGAACAAGGAAUGUAUAGAUUGCUGAGCUCUCCACAUCUGCUACGACUCGUCGAAUGCUUAAUGUGCAGUCAUCGCUUUGCUAAAACAUUUAAUACGAACAAUGCACAGAGAAAUGUAUUGUGGAAAGCUAAUUUCAAGGGUUCAGUGAAACCCAAUAUGUUGAAACAAGAGACUCAAUCGUUGGCCUGUGUGCUUCGGAUACUGUUCAAGAUGUACAGCGAUGAAACGCGGAGGGAUCACUGGCCAGCCGUACAGAAGAGUCUCAUUAGCAUUUGCUGUGAAGCGCUGGAAUACUUCGCCGGAGUCACGAGCGAAGCACACAGAGAUGCGUGGACGUCGAUCCUGCUGCUGAUCCUCACAAGAAUCCUUAAGAUGCCCGACGAAAGAUUUGCGGCGCACGUGUCGAGUUACUACCCGCUGCUGUGUGAGAUCACGUGCUUCGACCUCAAGCCCGAGCUGCGCUCCGUGCUGCGGCGCGUCUUCAUCCGCAUCGGGCCCGUCUUCAACAUCGUCAGCAACGCCCAAUAACAACACAAUACUUACAAACAAUAUGGCCUUAUAGUUCUCUAG